AGUGAACAGCACUAAUUUCGACUUGUUAGGUUUUCACUUCAAUGAUGGUUUUUAUUACGACAAGAUGCUACCUUUCGGUUGCAAAAUAAGUUGUGCAAUUUGGGACAGAUUUGCUUGCUUUCUGCAUUGGCUUAUACAGGAUUGCUAAAAAAAUGCCUCAAUCCUGCAUUAUCUAGAUGACUUUCUUUUCUGUGGCAAAGAACUUCCCAUUUGCAAAAAUACGUUGGACACUUUUCUUUAUCUGUGCAACGAUCUGGGGGUCCCUAUUGCAAAAGACAAAACAGUAUAUCCAACGCAGGUUCUUACGUUCUUGGGCAUUGAGUUUAAUACGACGGAAAUGAUCAUGAGGUUACCGUUGGUAAAAAUCGAUGAAAUCAAACAAAAGAUUCUCGACAUUAUGGCACUUAAGAAGGUUACUCUUAAGCAACUUCAGUCUUUAUUGGGUUUGUUAAAUUUUGCAUGUAGAGUUAUAGCUCCAGGUAGGGCUUUCUGUCGACGUUUGAUUGAUGCAACAAUUGGCCUAAACAAACCUCAUCACCAUACCCGUGUUACGUUAGAAAUGAAAGCAGACCUCAAAGUCUGGCUUGACUUCCUCCAAUCAUUUAAUGGCAUUUCAGUCAUUACAGAAGGUAUAUGGGUGAAUAAUGAGACUCUACAACUCUACACUGAUAGCGCAGGGGGAGAUAAGGGGGGUUUUGGUAUAUAUUUUGCAGGCAAGUGGACAUAUGCUCAAUGGCCCAUUUCCUGGUUUGUACAAGGCAUAACCCGUGACAUGACCUUAUUAGAGCUUUUCCCGGUCCAUAUAGCUAUUGAAUUGUGGAAACAUCAAUUUUCCAACAAUAGAAUUUUGUUUUACAUUGACAAUAUGGCGGUGGUACAUGUCAUAAACUCGACAACAUCAAAGUCACAAAGGGUCAUGAAAAUUGUAAGAAAACUAGUUCUCACUUGUCUCAAACACAAUAUUUUGAUUAAAGCAAAACACAUACCUUCAAAAUCAAAUUUUAUUGCGGAUUCUAUCUCUCGUUCACAGUGGGGCAAAUUCCGACGGCUAGCACCGGCAGCAGAUCCAUGGCCAACACCGCUUCCCAAGAAUAUGUGGGAAAUUUAACAAGGGAGGCAAACAGACUUAUACAGGGUUCACUAUCAGCAAACACAUACAAAGCUUACCAGGGGGCUCUCACCAACUUCAAAAAAUUCCUGAAUAAUUGUGGGACCACAUUGUAUUUCCCCAUUCCUGUUGAUCAUUUGCUUAAUUUCAUUGCCCACCUUUCUAUUUCAGGUACAGCUUAUAGAACAGCUGCACUGUACAUUAGCGCAUUAUCAUAUAUCCAUAAAUUAAGAGGCAUACAAGAUAACACACAAUCAUUCAUUGUCAAAAAAGCCUUGCAGGGUCUCCACAAAAAGAGAGGUAUCACUUUAGAUUCUCGAAUCCCAUUAACUGUAUCUAUCUUGGAGCAUGUAGUAUCAGCAUUGCCGUCAGUGUGUAGAUCAUCUUACGAGGCAGUGUUAUUUUCCACACUUUUUUCAAUUGCAUAUCACGGCUUGCUUAGAGUAAGUGAAGUUUUGAAUAUCCAUAGGGCACACAUCACGUUUACUAGAAGCAAGGUCAGCAUCUUAAUUCCCAGGUCCAAAACUGACCAAAUGGGAAAUACAACAACAUUGCAUAUUUCCAAACAGUUAAAUUCGGAUAUUUGCCCAGUACAGUGGGCACUCAGGUUUUUGCAGCUGCGUCCUAAUGAUGGUUCCCUUUUAUGCUUUAUUCAUGUCGACAAUAAGGGUGUAACAAGAUACCAAUUCAACUAUGUGCUUCAAAAAGCACUUCAAUUCAGGAACAUUCAAGGACACUUUAGACCACAUAGUUUUAGAAUAGGCAGGGCUACAGAUCUUGCAAAACAGGGGUUUCCAGAUUCAGAAAUAAAAUCUUUGGGCCGGUGGGAGUCAAAAGCUUUCAGAAACUACAUAAGAUUAUAACAUGUUAGCAUUGUUAAAUGGAAUACAGGCUAAUUUUGCCAAAGUAUUCCAGGUUUCAAGACGAUUUGGAUAGUGGGAUCUUCAAUACCUUAUUGGGCUGGUGAGGAGGCAGGGAGGAGACCGGGUGGAAAGAAUCUUAAUCUUGGGAUGGACAUCACUUGGAAGGGAAUUAGAGGGCUGAAAUGGGAAGAUCUUGACAAAGUGUUAACAGAUGAACUCAAACACCAACCACACCCAGAUGUACUAGUCAUUCACGCAGGGUCAAAUGAUCUAACUACGGCUGGCAAUACUGCACUUAGA